AUGUCGACGUACAUGGGAAGUACCACUACUCUGGGUCAUCCUGAACGCAUCGUGAACGAUUACAUCUGCAAUUUUCUAGGUUUUGUGUCUGGGAGAAUGGCGGCUUCAUGA